AUGAAGGAUCUUGUGCGUGUCCACAUUAAUGACUUUCUGGUAUACCUAGCAGACUUCGGCGUCGUUAUCUGCCGGCAGUGCCGACAUGCCAUCCAGCCCAACGCCCUGGACAGCCACCUCCUGAGGCACCGGAUCUACCGGCAUCGGCGGCGAGCGUUGGUCGAACGUCUCAACAAGCUUGAUCUCAGACAGCCGGACGAUGUCCCUGUCCCGAAUCGGGCUUGGCAACUUCCCGAGCUUCCCACGCAUGAAGGACUUCGUUGUGACGCCGAUGGCUGUCGAUAUCUGUGUGCAACGGACAAGGGUAUGCAGAUGCACUGGGCAUCAAAGCACAGUGUCCAUACCAAGAGCAACGUUCGAGCCAGUUCCGUAGCUCUACAGACUUUCUUCCGUGGGAUUAAGUUACGUUACUUUGAGGUCAGUACGGAUCCAGGACCAACCCUGUCUGUAGAUACAACCACACGUACGGAAAGCAUCGGUGACCGAGAGUUGGAAGCGGUCAGAAGCUCUCGUCAAUCGAUUCCUCAGGGAAUUCAGCUCAACUAUAUUGACGCCAGAGCAAUGAUGUAUCUACACCACUUCACCUUGCAUACAGCGCCAACUCUCGUCAGAAGGUGCCAACCUUUGAAACUAUGGCAAGACGACGUGCCACAGCUCGCCUUCGAAUAUCCGUUCCUUCUCCAUGCGGUUCUCGGCCUAUCCGCAUAUCAUAUCUCUAUCAAAAACCCAAAGACAGGCCAUGAACAUCGAUUUGCCGCAGCACGUUACUCGUCUCUAGGUGCGACAGAGUACGCGAAACAUCUGCUCGAACCCAAUUCCGACAAUACCACAGCAAUUCUAGCUUGUGCCAAUUGCCUGACUGUAGAGCAAAACUCGAGACUCUUCUCGGACCCCGAAGAUUCCAACGAGCUGGAAUAUGUAGCCUUUUUCCUCUCCGGGAUUCUAACUCUCCCACACGCCCUUGCGCAUCUUUUACCAAGAGGUUCGUACUUUAUGCAGUAUGUUCGCGAGACUCAGGCGAUCGUUGAAGAAGCAAAUGAUCUGCUCAAGAACAACAAGGGCGACAAUAUCUACCUACCGAAGCACAUCCCGCCAUCAAAGUCUCGUUUUCUCUCUUCUCUGCCUGAUGAGGUUGCAAGGCUAAGCCGAUAUUGUCCCAAGAUACUGGUACAGAUACAACAAGGACAGUUCACACUACGUGCUCUCCUGUACUCGAUAAAUCGAAGCUACGCUUCAGACGACUUGGCAAAUCUCUAUGAUUCCGCUGCCUGCUGGGUCCGGUGUCUGGAUGAACAUGCAAAGCAGGCUAUCCGCGACGGAGAGGCAUUCUUCCUCGUCAUGUACGCCUGUUGGUGUAUCGUAAUACACCGGAUCGGGCAAUACGCCUGGUUCACGCACGGGAUUGCUGAGAUCCAAAUUACGGUCGUGCGAGCCCGGCUUGCGCCUGAGUACCAUGUUCUGAUCGACACUUUGCUUUCCUUGUUGUAA